CUUGGGGAGUCGAUGUGGAAAGAACUCAGGCCUUGAAAUUUGAACAAGGGGUUACUCUGGAACCUGGGGCCCAGACUUCAGUUUACUUAUCUAUCAAAUGAAAGAUUUGGGCUAGAUAGUCUCUAAUGUCCCUUCCAGUUUGGGGGUCUUCUUUUUGUCUAGGCAAAUAAGCUGGACUUUAUUUGAAUUAACUGCAAUUCCAGUAAAUAGAAAAUCAUUUUGAUGGGAGUCUUUAGUGGGACUUCUUGAAUGCUUAUGGAUUUUAUUAACUCUAAAUGGAUGUCUCCCCCCUCCAACACUGUAUUAAUAACAUAAAAAACCCCAUAGCUACCCAUAAUCACGUGCUCUUGGCAGCGUGCAAGAAUUAGGCUGCUCCUGUAGACGAUUGUCAAGUUGGAAAAGCUGGCAGUACCAGCCCAACAAGCUUAUCUCUAGCUCCUGCAGCGGCAGGGAUGCUUGGUGAUCAGUGCUGUUCAGAGAGGGAGUGGCGGACACCAAGAGCCCUGGCUAUGGCCACAGCCAGGUCUGGGAGGGGAGGAGGCUCCCCCCGCUGCAGGCGGCCAUCUCCCCUUCCCCCCUCUCGUGGGUUCUGGGCUGAGGCCGGGGACUGUCCGGAGCUGAUCUCGGGCUCCCAUUGGCCGCUGUCUGCUGUGACGUCACGAUCAUGAUGAGAAUUGAUGAUCGGACACGCUGAUUUCAUUGUCUGAGGCGGCGGUGGAGACCCAGGAAAAAUCUCGCUGAAUCCGCCCUGCCCGGCGCUAGCCCGCCCCGGGGAGCCUCGGAUUACGGCCGCUUUCCCAUCACGCCCGAGAUGAAUCUGCGUUCGGUAUUUACUGUAGAGCAACAAAGGAUUUUGCAGCGUUAUUAUGAAAAUGGGAUGACAAAUCAAAGUAAAAAUUGCUUUCAGCUCAUAUUACAGUGUGCGCAAGAAACUAAGCUGGACUUCAGUGUAGUCAGGACUUGGGUUGGCAACAAGAGAAGAAAAAUGAGCAGCAAGAAUGCGGAGUCUGGAUCCUCAACCCCAGGGACUAUACCUGGUACUCCUCAAGCAUCUCCAGACAUGGCUGUCAGAAACAUUGUCAAUGUCAAUGUCGCUCGACCCCCAAGCCAGCAGUCUUCUUGGGCUUCUAACAAUGAUGUCAUAGUGACUGGUAUCUACAACCCAGCUACUUCUUCCAGUAGGCAAGGAUCCACCAAACAGACAAAUGUUCAAAUGGCAGAAACUCAUAAAAUCCCCAUUCAGAGAUCCUUGGGGAAAAAUGAGCCUGAAUUUCAGCUGCAUGUUCCUGUGCAGAGGCAAAUGGCACACUGUAAAAAUGCCUCACUGCUCCUGGGUGAGAAGACAAUUAUUUUGUCAAGACAGACCAGCGUACUAAAUUCUGGAAACACCGUAUAUAACCAGGCCAAGAAAAACUACGGAGGUGCCUCAGUCCAAGCUGCUGAAAUGCCAUUACCUCAGAAGUCAACGGCGUGCCACCGCCCUUGCAAAACAGAACCCAUGGGGGGCCAAAGGUCAUAUAAGCCCGAGCAUUCAAGUCUCAUACCACACAGCUCAUCUGGACAAAGGGCAGGUGUCAGAGACCCUUACUGUAAUGCCCAAAACCUGGAAAUCCGAGAAGUGUUUUCAUUGGCUGUUAGUGACUAUCCACAAAAAAUGCUUGGAGGGCACACCACACACAAGCCUAGCUCAGCGGAAGGGAAUUACCUGUCCAUUGCAAUGGAGACGGGUGAUGUUGAUGAUGAAUAUGCCCGAGAAGAAGAGUUGGCCUUGAUGGGAGCCCAGAUCCCAAACUACUCACGGUUUUAUGAAGGCAGUUCCCUUCGAGCUGAGAACCAAAGUGCAACUUUGACUGGACCAGGGAGAAAUAUGGCAAAUUCACAAUUGGUGAAUGCCAGAGACUUGCCUGACAAUGUACUCUAUCACAGAGACUAUCACUUGGCCCCACGGACCUCAUUGCAUACACCAUCCAGUACGCUGUACAGCAGUGCUAAUCCAUCACGAAGUCAUUUUUCUCCACAUUUUGUAUCAUCAAACCAAUUGAGGCUGUCACAAAACCAAAAUAAUUACCAGAUUUCAGGAAACCUUACUGUGCCUUGGAUUACAGGGUGUUCUAGAAAAAGAGCACUCCAGGACCGCACCCAGUUCAGCGACCGCGAUUUAGCCACCCUCAAGAAAUAUUGGGACAAUGGCAUGACAAGUUUGGGCUCUGUUUGCAGAGAGAAAAUUGAAGCAGUUGCUGCAGAAUUAAAUGUUGACUGUGAAAUAGUCCGGACUUGGAUUGGGAAUCGAAGAAGAAAGUAUCGUUUAAUGGGAAUUGAAGUUCCACCUCCCAGAGGUGGUCCUGCUGACUUCUCGGAGCAGCCAGAAUCGGGCCCUUUGUCUGCACUAGCAUCAGGAGAGGAAGCUGGGCCUGAGGUAGUGGAGGAUAACGACAGAAAUGAUGAAGUAUCCAUCUGUUUAUCUGAAGGAAGCUCUCAAGAAGAACCCAGUGAAGCAGUUCCAAGUGAAGCGAGUAGGCACAAGGAAGAAGACCCCAGCGCAGUGUCCACAGACAACGUGAAAAUAGAAAUAAUUGAUGAUGAAGAAAGUGAUAUGAUAAGUAAUUCAGAAGUGGAACAAAUGAGUUCUCUCUUGGAUUAUAAGAAUGAAGAAGUCAGAUUCAUGGAAAAUGAGCUGGAGAUUCAGAAACAGAAGUACUUUAAACUCCAGACAUUUGUGAGAAGCUUGAUACUAGCCAUGAAGACUGACGAUAAAGAACAACAGCAGGCCCUGCUGUCAGAUUUACCUCCUGAAUUAGAAGAGCUGGAUUUCCAUCACGCCUCGCCAGAGCCUGAUGAUACCUCAUUCAGUUUGUCUUCUUUAUCAGAGAAAAAUGCCUCCGACAGUUUGUGAUUCGGGGAGGGGGAGGGAUGGGGGGCAAUCUAUGCCGCAGCCUUUGGGCUGCCUAACAGGUGUGCAUUUCAAGAUAACUGCAUUUUGUUGCCUGAUACCCUUCAGUUGGAAAAACAAAUUGAGGGAAGCAGACAGAUUCUGUGAAGGAUGGACAUGAUAGAACGGUUGCAAUUUAGAGUGAAAAGAAAUAUGGGAUUUAAAAGCUUAGUGUUUGGGGUUUGGGGCUUUUUUGUAAAUUGAGGAAGUUCUACGGGGAAAGCUUUAUUUAAUUUUUAGCAGUACAGCCAUGAGAUACUUAAAUGUCUAAUUUUGGAGAGAUUUUGGUUUUCUUUUGUUUUGUAGAAGAGUCUUAUUUUGAACAGUAGCUUUAAGCAGGGAACCAAGAAUGCAAAAAAAAAAAAAAAAAAACGGAAAAAAAGAAAAAAGAAAUAAAGGUAUUUCGACACUACCUGUCAAGACGAUCGAGCUUGGCUAGCCUGGUUUUUGUGGCCUCCCUCUCUCUCCUCUCCUCUCCUUGUAAUCCACACACACUUGUACUCAGGAAAGCUGGCUUAGGAUUGAACAUUAAUGUGAAAAACCAGUUUGAGCCUGGCUGAGUGUGGGGAGUGAUUAUGGGACCCCUGUGAAAAGUUCAUUAAAUCAGAGAUUGAACCGGAGAAGUACUCGCUAGCAUGUGAUCACAUCAUGUAAGUUGUUGCUAUCCUUCCAUCCUCUUACCAAAAUGUCUGGGGCAGGGCAGGGGCAGACACCGGGGAAGAUUAAUUCCAUGACUUCAGUCCAAUCAAUUAUUAAAUGUCCCGAAACAAAAGCACAACUGUUGUAAAAGAUUAGACUCUUAAUGGGAAUUCUUGAUCGCCACAGAUGGCCAGUAUCAGUAGGAUUCACACUGAACUGGUGAAUUUUGGAAAUCAGACUAGAUCAAGUGUUGCAGGAAUACCCCAUCCUCAUCACUGCUUCCAUAAUGUGUAUCAAUUUAUUAUGCUUCAUGAAACAGGAAAAGUCAAGGUAAGCUACUGCAGUUUUCCUCUCAAGUUGCUCUGAGAGUCUGCGUAGGCCCCCUACAGAAUGUGUACAGUGCCAUCAGCCAAGGAUGCCCGCCGUCCUCCCAAAGCUGCCCUGCUCUUGUUAACGGGAGCCUUGGAAUUUCCUGGAUGCCAUUUACUGAGCAUUCAGGCCAGUUGGGCAUGUUACCCAAUUGUUCUAUUAGCAGGCACCAGAUGGCAACUCGCUGUCGAAAAGACUUGGCUUCCUGAGCACCAGAUGGUAUUACUGAGACCUGAUACAGGUAAAUGCCAACUUGUCCCCAAGCACACGGUGCUUUGUGACUUGGCGGUGUGGAACUGAGUCGCACAGUUAAAUACAGGACGGAUCGGUGUGGUAGGUGGCUGCCUCGGUCGUUUCCCUCUAAGUACUAAGCGUGUUGUUAUCGAAACCAGAUUGAACCCCUGAAAAGACACAGAUAUCUCCCUCUGACUCCACAGAAGGGCUUGUGAACUGUAUUCAGCCCCCAUUUCCCACAUAGUGUAUGGACACAUAUGUGUGUGUCUGUGAUCUUGUCCAUUUAGGGAAUUCCCUUUGUGGGAAAUCUUUCCACUGAAAUACAUCAUAACCAAUCUAGGAUAUGAGUUAAUCCUAAGAAGUAGCCUGAGGCAAAAUAGAAAUUGGAUGACUUGCUAGGAUAUGUGUGUGUGUGUGUGUGUGUGUGUGUAUGUACACACACACAGACAUAUAUAUUUAUAUACAUUUCUUUAAUACUGUCAGUGACCAUGCUUUCACUAGCAUUCCCUUUCCAAGCCUCCCGUUGUUUUGAAGUCAGUCUUUAAGACUUUGUUACAGCUAACGAAUUCAGCAAGCUGUAGUCAGCCCAAUAACGUCCUUCUCCCAAUGAGUUCUCAGAUGACGUAUGUACAGCAUGUGCCGUGGGACUCGUACCUGCAACCUUCCCACAUUGUGGUAUCUAUCAAAGAACGUGCCCUACUGACAGAGCCUUCAGGAAACCAGGUACAUGUCCACAUCGUGGGGAGACGGCAGAGGAAGACUUAAUUUGAGGGGGUGUGCUCGUGCGUGUGACACACACAGGUACACACGGAAUUGGACUCUCUCUAUGCCUCCCACCCUUCCCACAAUCCAAAUUACAUCAGUAGACAUGGAUAUGAGUAAGGCCACAGAAUCCCACAUAUUAGGAUAAACUUGGUCAUCUCACGUUGACUUCCCUGUGGGGCACAACACUCAUGAUACAGAGCGGAUGGAAGGAGUCGGCUUCAUGUGAUAGCUGUAGGAAAGGAGAUCCCAGAUUGUCCGGCCUGUCUAAAGGCUUUGGCAGUCAGCGAGUUUGCCUUCGGUAUCAGUGAAGGAACACGUGAACUCAUUAUUCCGGAUCUCCCACUAAGGGUUCCUGUUGCUUUUCAUUUUGGGCUUGUCCAUGGCUUCCCUUACGUCCUCAGAAGAGGACCCACCCCUUUAGUGACCUAGAAGCCAUCCUCCAGCUCGUCUGACUAGUAGUCUCUGGGCUUUUUGCCAUACCUCGAUCUCAUCAUCCAACUGGCCUACUACCCUUUUCAGUCUUGUGUUUCCAUAAGGCCUUCACCUCUGCUUGUGUGUGGAUGUAACCCAGGCUUAUUCCAAAAUUUCUGGUUGGGGCCCAGUGACGGAGCACGCGUACCAUUGAAGGACCAGCUCCUGAAGCAUGUAGAAGCCCACCACCAAUGGGCUGGCUAGUGGGUUACGAGUCCUUUGACCACAGCAACCUAAGAAAUGAAGAAUUCUCCUUCCUUCCUUAUUUUAGUGUAAGCUCUUCUUGUUUUAUUCUCACUGUAAAUGAAGAUGGCCGAUUAGCUUUUCCAUAAUAACCUUUUGCAUGCUUGGACCAUAAUGGUCACCUCAGCCUCUUCUUCUCAAGGCUAAAUAAUCAAUCAGUCAACAGAUAUUUAUUGAGCGUUUGCUCUUUAUGAGACCCCGCGCUCUCUGCCGCAUCCUAAUUCCCGAGACUGCCAAGAAUUCUUUCCCGUUAACUGUUUCAGUGGCAUUCGUAAAAAUGAUUUCAUCUGCAAUAGAACAGAUUAAACGUUAAGAGGUCUCCCGGCGGCAAUUCCCAGAUGGAAGUAUAGGAUACGCUUCUGAGGGGGAUCCGAGGACUCCUAAGACCCCAGUCUGCAUUAGUGUUCAGAAAGAGGGGAGCCUACGGCAACUCCAUCUCCCGAAGACGUGGCAUGCUGGCAGGCUGGUAUUUGCACCAUUCAGAACAACUUCACUCAUCACCGGUGGAAUUAAGAUGCUUCUAAAUUGGGACACGGUCCGUCUCUAGCCGGAAAUGGCAACACUACACUGCUGUUUCUGGGCAGGAAGAAGGGUUAGAGUUGGCAGAUUGUAAUUAUGCACAUUGGAGUUGGAAAAGGAUGCCAAGGUCAAAUAUGCUAUUAAUAAACUAUGAGACCCAAAAGGAUGGGCUCCCAGGAGGAAUUGCAGUAGAGGGGAAAGAACACUGGGCUAGGAGGCCCAAGUUUGGAGCUGUGUGCCCACAGGCCAGUCUGUUACUCUGUGCGCCUCAGUUUGCUUCUCUGUAAAAUAAAAGGAUUGGUCUCCAAGGCACCUUCCCAUUCUAACGUAUUGUGGUUGAUUUGACUGAGGUUUGAGCAAGGGAAAAUUCCUGGAUAAAUGGUACAGGGAGCCUUCUUCAAAUUUCACUACUACAAAACACACUUUUUCUUUUGCAAUAUGUUGUUUCUGUUAUACUGCCACCGGGUUGUCAUCAUUGCACCUCAGGCUUGAGAGGUGGAAGGGACUUUGUCUAACCCUCUCACUUUUUUCGAGGAAAUGGAGACCCAGAGAAGGGAAAAUAACUUGCCUGGCAUCAUCUAGUAAGUUAAUGAGUGCUUGGUUGCUUGGUGAUUGUCCUUUGUUCCCAAAGAAGACCGAAAUGGCAUUGUUAUGUUAAGUUAGCCAAGUUAGUGACUUAGAGUUAAUAAGAAGGUAAGGACUAGAACUCAGGUGUCUAGAUUCCCAACUCAGCCCUUUUUCUACUCUAAGCCAACUUUGUUUUUCUCCAUCUUGCUGAUGGAGGCCAUCAGGGUGAAGUGAGCUAGUAAAAGUCUGAGGCCGUACUUGAAUUCAGGUUUUUCCGACUCCAUGCUGGUGUUCUCUUCACUGUACCACCUAGCCGCCCUUGAAAGCCAAGUCUUCGAGAAAGAAUCCCUGCUGCUUCUCCAGAAGAUCCAGGCCAACCUGAGAGCUGCUUCUCCAUUUUGAUGUCUGCCAUGAGCUCAGGAUCCCCAUGAGUGCCGCCAUCAAUUUCAGGCAAGUCCCCAUAGAGCAGCUAUGAGAAAGUAAGAGGCCUUGGAGGCCAGGCACACAGUGGGGAAGGUAAGAAGUAAAUGGACCUCCCCAAGAAAACGCGUGAUGGCUUGUAGUAGGCUCAGCUCCUCUGACCAGAACCAUUUUGAUGGUAGGCACUUCAUAGCAAUGUUGAAAAUUGUUGGCGAAAGCUCACAAGGGGGCCGGUGAUGCUUCUUAUCCAUUCUGUGUUCUUCUCUGCUAGGGCUUUGAAAGGUAGCUGAACAGUAUUACCCUAAGGACCCCUCACAUUCAGGAAUCAUGUUAGAGAUCUGGCAGGGAACAGUGGUGUAUGUAUGUGUGUCUGAGGGGUGGCGGGGGAGGGGGGAGUUCAUUGUAUUUUGAAAGUCUCCUGUUUCUAGUUUGGCCUUGUUGGGUCUUUAGGAUUCAGUCCACUUUCCCUGAGCGGGUCUCUUCCUCUUUCUAGCUGGAUGCCCUAUAUUCACAUUUAGAGAAAUGCUCAGAGUUUGGACAGUUGACUUCUGGGGAAUCUCUUUUUUGGCCGGCUGCCAUUGUUAUUUAGCUCCUCAGGCUGUGCGAUAAGGUGUCUUCUAGCUCCAGGUCCGAUAGGUCUGGAUCCAUUGAUGCCGCCUUGUGGUGCCGUCACCCAACGUUUGUUCAUUUGUUCAUUGCCACAUUCCAGAUCAAUUAGCAAAUGCCCAAAGCACGGGUAAGAAGACCUAACUGUGUUAGCAGUCGGCAUCAUCCUUGGCGGAUAGCACUGUACCAUCCACAUCCCAGGGCAACGCUACGGGAUGCUCUCAAGAAAGCCCCUACCGACUUCCGCGCCAACAACUAAUGUACCUCUGUCUGAAACGUAGCAAUUUAAGAACCGAUUUGUUAAAGGGGAUAUUUCCAAACUUCUAGGCCAUAUGAAGGUUUGAUUUCGCAUUAACUUGUUGAGUUAAUGAUUUUUGCUAUUCCGCGUCCCAGGUCGUGCUCACUACCUCUGAAACACUACCAUUUAAAGCCACAUCAGACUGUAAUGUGAACUUUUGUAGGCUUUUUAUUUAAACUUUUAUAGGCAAUAAAUGAUUUCCAACAAAUACA